AUGCUCUGGUUUCUCAUAGCAUUUUGAAGGAGAAUAGGUAAUGGAGAUGUUAAUGCAGUCAGGUGGUCUUUAUACAUCUCAUCUCAUUAUCUCUAGCCGCUUUAUCCUGUUCUACAGGGUCACGGGCAAGCUGGAGCCUAUCCCAGCUGACUACGGGCGAAAGGCGGGGUACACCCUGGACAAGUCGCCAGGUCAUCACAGGGCUGACACAUAGACACAGACAACCAUUCACACUCUCAUUCACACCUACGGUCAAUUUAGAGUCACCAGUUAACCUAACCUGCAUGUCUUUGGACUGUGGGGGAAACCGGAGCACCCGGAGGAAACCCACGCGGACAUGGGGAGAACAUGCAAACUCUGCACAGAAAGGCCCUCGCCGGCCACGGGGCUCGAACCCGGACCUUCUUGCUGUGAGGCGACAGCGCUAACCACUACACCACCGUGCCGCCCGUCUUUAUACAUUAAGACAUUAAUUUCACAUCAAGGCCCGCUGAUCAUAUAAGGCAAGAGAAGGUAGUUGAAAGGUCAGAGUUCUGUGCAGGUUUUAGUCUUUAUUGCACAGGAACUAUCAGUGCAUACAUGCUGGCUGUCUUCCUACUGUUACUGGUUCCUGUUGUUGUUUUUGAAACUGUUGACUGACUGAAGCUGUUGGUUUUAUCCCCUCAUGUCCUGUGCCCUUUUCUUGAGCUUCCUUUGGAAAGCUAAACUAUGCGGAAUGACUCAAAGUGCAGCAGCCUGAUGUCCAGUCUGAUGUAAAACCUUCACUUAGUGGUUAGCACUUAGCUAAAUUAUAGAUAAACAUACACAUAUCCCCAAACAAAAAUCCUUAAUCGAAACAACAGUUAUCUUAUGUUUGCCCCCUCUGCCAACUCCUGUGAAGAGCCACAGCAAGUAGAAAACUGGAAGCGAUAACUGGAGCACCAGGAUUGAAACUGUAAUGGAUUGUAUCUGGAAAACCUGAAAUGGACUCGGUAAUACACAGAACAAAAAUAUAUCCCAUCUAUGGACCAUAAUUCAUGGAUUCCACAAGUUGGUGUAAAACCUGACAAUGAUGAGUGUCAUAAGCUUCUGUAGCUGCUGUGGGUAGUCCGGUGGUGCAGGAGGAGGAGAGCGUGCAGUUCAGUAAGCUCUCUUACCUGGGCUGUACAUGGGUGAAGUCUCCACGCAGUGAGGGUGAGGCCCAGAAAGCAAUGGCCACCCUGAGAGCCGAGAGUCCCAGUCCCAUCCCAAUCACCUUGCAUGUACCCAACAAUCCUGACGGCUGUGUGAGGAUCGUUGACCAGGCCACUGGCACCGAGAUUGCCGCCUUCCCUAUCUAUAAAGUGCUGUUCUGUGCCCGAGGGAAAGAUGGCUCCUUGGAGAGUGACUGCUUCUGCUUCACUGAGAGCUACCGCAGCUCUGAGGACUUUCAGAUUCACGUCUUCUCCUGCCAUAUCAAAGAAGCUGUGAGCCGGAUUCUCUACAGCUUCUCCACAGCCUUCAAGCGCUCAUCUAGAGCUACCGCAGAGAUCCGUGAGUCGACAUUGCCUCAAUCCCCUGACAGCGACAUCUUUGCCUUCACCGUGUCCCUGGAGGUGCGAGAGGAUGACGGCAAAGGCAACUUCAGUCCUGUUCCUAAAGACAGAGAUAAGUACUACUUCAAGCUGCGGCAGGGUGUGCAGAAGAAAGUGGUGGUUACAGUCCAACAGAUCUCCAACAAAGAACUAGGAAUAGAGCGAUGUUUCGGCAUGUUGCUGAGUCCUGGGCAGAAGGUUCGGAACAAUGACAUGCACUUAUUAGACAUGGAGAUGAUGGGGAAAAGCACAGAUGGAAAGAGUUAUGUGAUCACUGGAAUAUGGAACCCUAACACCCCUGCAUUUCAAGCCCUUAAUGAGGAUACGCCAAAAGAUAAGCAGGUAUAUGUGACGGUGGCUGUGGACCUGGUGGUGACUGAGGUGGUGGAGCCUGUUCGAUUCCGGAUGGAGGCCCUGGCCCGGGUUUAUCCAUCCAAUGAGAGGUUCUGGUACUUCAGCCGAAAAGCGUUCUGUGAGACCUUCUACCUGCAGCUUAAACUGGGCUUGGAGAAAGGUAGCCAAGGAGACGCCAUAUAUGAAGUAGUGAGUCUUCAGAGGGAAUCGGAUCGAGUGGGAGGAUCACAAGGCCGCUUGCAGUCCCCUACUGAGGAAGAGGAGCCAGAGGAAGACAGUGAUAGCGAGAUCUCCAGUGGCACUGGCGAUGUGUCUAAAGACUGUCCUGAGAAAAUUCUGGAGUCCUGGGGUGGCAUCCUCAACAGAUGGCAUGGGAACCUGUCUUCUCGUCCUAAAGGGCUGUCUGCGCUGGUGAGACCAGGCAUCCCUGAGGCCCUGCGAGCAGAAGUCUGGCAGCUCCUCUGUGGCUGCCAGGAUGAACAGGCCCUGCUGGAACGCUACCGCAUCCUCAUCACCAAGGACUCACCACAGGAAGGUGUUAUUACCAGAGACAUCCAUCGCACCUUCCCCGCUCAUGACUACUUCAAGGACUCGGAUGGUGACGGCCAAGAUUCGCUCUACAAGAUCUGUAAGGCUUACUCUGUGCAUGACGAUGAGAUUGGAUAUUGCCAAGGCCAGUCCUUCCUGGCUGCAGUGUUGCUGUUGCAUAUGCCAGAGGAGCAGGCUUUCUGUGUGCUGGUGAAGAUAAUGUAUGACUACAAACUCAGGGAUCUCUACAGGAACAAUUUUGAGGAUCUACACUGCAAGUUCUACCAGUUGGAGCGCCUGAUACAGGAGCAGCUCCCAGAUUUGUGGUCUCACUUCCAGGAUCUUAAUCUGGAGGCUCAUAUGUAUGCCUCCCAGUGGUUUCUGACCCUCUUCACUGCCAAGUUCCCCCUCUGCAUGGUCUUCCACAUCACCGAUCUGCUGCUGUGUGAGGGCCUGAACAUUAUCUUCAAUGUGGCACUGGCUCUAUUGAAGACCUCCAAGGAGGACUUGCUUCAGGCUGACUUUGAGGGCACUCUUAAGUUUUUCCGGGUUCAACUCCCGAAACGCUACAGAGCAGCUGAAAAUGCUCGCAGACUCAUGGAGCAAGCUUGCAACAUCAAGGUGCCAACUAAGAAGCUGAAGAAGUUUGAGAAGGAGUACCAAGCUUUCCGAGAGAGCCAGCUGCAGCAGGAGGACCCUAUAGACAGAUACCAGAGGGAGAAUCGGAGGCUACAGGAAGCCAGUAUGCGUUUGGAGCAGGAGAAUGAUGACCUUGCUCAUGAGCUGGUCACGAGCAAGAUUGCACUGAGGAAUGAUUUAGACCAGGCGGAAGACAAGGCCGACGUAUUGAACAAAGAACUGCUGAGCACAAAACAGCGGCUGGUGGAGACGGAGGAGGAGAAGAGGAGACAGGAGGAAGAGACAGCUCAGCUGAAGGAGGUGUUCAGAAGAGAGUUGGAGAAAGCGGAGUCUGAGAUUAAGAAGACCACAGCCAUCAUUGCAGAGUAUAAACAGAUUUGCUCUCAGCUGAGCACCAGGCUGGAGAAGCAACAGGCCUCUACGAAGGAGGAGCUGGAUAUUGUGAAGAGUAAAGUGAUGGCAUGCGAGCGAUGCCGGGAGGUGUUCAAUAAGGACGGUCCCCUGCACGUCCCCACAGUGACACAGGACAACCGUGACUCAGACCUGGAUGAGGAGAAGGAUUCUCUGAAGGCUCAGCUGCGGGAGCUGGAGCUGGAACUGGCUCAGACCAAACUGCAGCUGGUGGAGGCCAAGUGCAGGAUCCAGGAGCUGGAGCAUCAGAAGGGAGUGCUGAUGACUGAAGUCCAAGCUGCCAAAAACUCCUGGUUCAGUAAAACUCUGGGUUCCCUGAAGACAUCAGCGAGCAGUCAGGCACCUUCCUCACCCAAAGAGGGGCAAUAGGACUUAUACAGGCCUCAGCCAGUGAGGCAGGAGCAGAUCCACUGCCUGGCACGUGCAUGGGAAGGAUGAGGAUGUCUGAACACUACUAAACACCAUGUGGUAAUGCAGUAUUCCCUCUCACACUGGGGAAGACCGGUGGACAGGAAGGUAGAACCACCUGAACUGCUAAUCCGUAGAGCAGAGCAUCAUUACUUUAACUUCUGGUGGCCCAUGGAAAAGCAGAUUUAAUUUUAUGAAGGCCAAAAGUGUGAAAAGGAGUGUCAUCACUAUUUUACAACAAUUGGCGCAACCAUUUUCAUUACAAUCAUUGAGUGUUUGAAAAAAUCAGCACCCAGAAGCAACUUUUCCUUUCUUUAGUAAAAUCAAGAGGGCUAACAGGCUAUCACUACUUCAAAGAAAGACCUGUUCAAUAUUGUUAAGCACAAAUCACCUGAAUUACAUUACAAAUGUAAGCCAAAAUUAUUGGUACAAUAUAUUUACAUGAUGGCAAACAACUAAUCGUGUUUUCAUCAACUUGAGACUGAUGUAAAGAGAGUAAAGGGUGGGUUUGUUUGUUUGUUUGUACUAUGAAGUCAGGUGUGUUUGUGAAUUCUGGUGUUGGUGAUUGCUCCAUUGCACAUUUCCUAGUCGGAGGUCAUAUUUAUCCAGAGUUCUCAGUACAUUGGAAGACAGCAGUUAGGAACAUAUGAGAAGACUGAGUAGGAGCAGUGUCUCAGGCAGUGCAGCAGUUCCACCUAGUGGCAGUUUUCAGUACCGCAGAGUACUGAAUUUAUUUACCUACUUGACUGUUAAACUUUUAAAGGUGGAAUUCCUAUAUAACAUUACUAAUAAGAUUUUAUCUUAAGAGUUUAUCUACACGUUUGUAAUUGUAGCUUUUUUUUAAUUUGAGAGGGGGAAUACUGCAUCCAGACUAAAAAUAUCCCUGUUUUUCUAGAUACUAAUAACUAAUGUAAUUGUUUUGUCAAGUAUAUAACUAAAUGUUUGUUUGUUUUUUAUCUUGUACAGUUCUGAGAGGAGUGCUGUCCCUUUUUUUCUUUUUUACCAUUUUUGAAUUUAAAAAUAUGUAAAUAUUAACAGCAUAAAGCACAGUGUUCUACUCGACUGUAACUCAAAAAUGACAUUCCUGCUUUACUGCUCUUACUCUCCCAGUGACUGGAGCGGUGAUAACCGAGCUGCAUCACUCCCUCUGCACUGGGGUGAGUGAGCUGGAGAUUCCUUUCUGCAAAUGCAGUGGUUUGUACACACUGUAUAAUUUAACGUAAUUUCACCCACUCUUGGGAAAACAGUGUCCCCCCCUAUAGCAGGAGCCAUGCAUUAGAAAUGUGCCAAGAAUUCUUCACAGACGUUCCCAACUCUUACUCUUGGCAUCACUGUCCAGUUUUGUCAAGCUUAUUCAUCAGAAAAUCAUGUUCCGUGAUGUUGUGAAGGUCUUGCUGAGAAUAUUGUGCAUUCAUUAGUGCAGUUAAACUGUAGAACAAACAGAACAACCCUCCAUGUCUGUGUCUCUGUACCAAGGUUUCUUCAUUCACUUGGCUUCCUGAAAGGUCAUCUAAGGUUAACCCUAGAAUUUCUUCAACCGCAUGGAUCUUAACACUCUAACAAGAUGUCUUUGUUGUGAAUACACUUUUACUGUUCAUUUUUACUGUGGUCAAAACCUGUAUACUAAACUCCUAUUUUGUAAUUUCUGGAAUUGCGUGCUGCCAAACAUUAGUUUAAUAUUAACCAAUAUAAAGUGCAAUCUAUUGUUUGCAUAGCAUUAUGAUUGAUUUAAUAGUUUAUAAGGCACAGGAGACAUUCCAUCUGAGCCGUUUAGAUUUAUGAGUGUGAGCUGGUGGGGGUUGUUAUGGGAUUUACAGGUAUGCCACCCUGUCCCAGUACAACUAUGUGACAAAUAAACCAUGAUUCUUGUUCCGUUAAA